AUGUCAACUGAUAAACUUUUUACUCCUCUUAAGAUAGGCGAUCUCCAAUUGGCUCAUCGUGUGAUAAUGGCUCCCUUAACUAGAUACCGCGCUGAAAAUUAUUUGCCAGGCUCCUUGAUGGAAACAUAUUAUUCACAAAGGGCCACUCCAGGAGGUUUACUCAUAACUGAGGGCACUACCAUCUCAUCUACAGCUGGUUUACAUCCUGACAGUCCCAGAAUUGACACUGCUGAGUCAAUCGAAAGCUGGCGGAAAGUUACUAAUGCAGUCCACGACAAGGGUGGAUAUAUCUUCGUGCAGUUGAACCAUUGUGGAAGAUCAGCAUUAUCUAAAUUUAAUGAUAAUCAACAGCCAAUUUCUUCUUCUGCAAUCAAGCAGUUGGAUGGGUUGGAAUUCGAAUUGCCACGCGAAAUGACGGAAGCCGACAUGAAGAAUGUGAUAUCAGAUUUCUGCAAGGCUUCUAGCAACGCCAUGGAAGCCGGAUUUGAUGGCAUUGAACUCCAUAGCGCCAAUGGUUAUUUACUUGAUCAAUUCCUCGAGGACAAUAUCAAUUCAAGAACUGAUAUGUACGGCGGAACAAUCGAGAACAGAUGCAGGUUUGUACUUCAAGUUAUAGAUGCAAUUUGUUCUCAAUUGGGGAGUUCCAAAGUAGGUGUUCGUAUUUCUCCUUGGGACAACUUCCAGGGUGCCAACGACAGUGAUCCAUUGUUCCACUUUGGCUAUUUGUGCGAACAGUUAGAAAAGAGAUCGCUUGCAUAUGUUCAUAUCAUUGAGGCUCGUUCUGAAAGUAAUGGAGGGCUAGAAAAAGAUGACAUCAAGAAAGUUCUGUUCAUUCCACCAUUAAAGAAACAUUUGCCCACAACACCCGUUUUUUCGGCUGGGGGUUGGAACUGCAAUAAUUUCGCAGGAAUCCUACUGGAAACAGGCAUCGAUGGAUUAGCUUUUGGUCGCUACUUUAUUAGUAAUCCUGAUCUAGUACACCGUCUUCAAUACCUGGCAUCUCUUAGUAAGUAUGACAGGGCAACGUUCUACAAGCAUUUGAGUCCAGUUGGCUAUAUAGACUACCCUUUAGCCGUUGCUAGAUAA